AACAGCCAUAGCGCACACACACUGGGCUGCCAUCAGCACAGCAGGCAGAACACACAGACAUCGCGAAAGAAACUUCACAUUUCGGGGUUUAUUUUGCCAAUACAAGGGCUGAAGGGGGAUAACUUACACGUAAACAUUUCUUUAUUUUUCCCUUACGGUGGUAUUGGCACAAAAAAGCCCUUGGAGAAGGACAGGACUACAAAAGGAGCAAGUGACGUCGGUAUAAAAGGAGACUUGGCUGAAAUCCUUUAGACAACAAAGAAACAGCUUCUCAGAAAUAAAGGAGUAAUCCUCACUUAUUCUCUUUAGUUAUGAGUCAUGUGGUCGUCGACGGUUCACACGGUCUAGAACAGCAGCUUGCUGUCUUAGACUUGAACCCAGCUGAUGGACAGUGUCCUGGCUCUGGUCGGCGUUACAUUCCUCCUCAUUUGAGAAACAAAGAAGCAUCAAAAAAUGCAGGAAAUGCUUAUUCCUCUGGUAGACAGAGCGGUUAUUCAGUGGCACCCGUACAGAGCUUUUCUCCCAAACAGUAUCCUCAGAGUUGGCACCCUGAGGGAAACCAAAGACAUAGGCAUAACUUUCCAACUGGAUGGAAUGACUUUAGGACCGGUUCCCAGAGAUAUCCACACCAGGAGCUCUCAUUUUAUCACACCGACACUAGUGGCUGGCCAGACAGAUGUGCCUCUCCUGCGCGUACCGACAGCAGUGUAGCCACCGACGGAAAUGAGGACGCAGCCAGUGUUAUCAGCUGGGCUGAUCGCUGUGAUUCUCCAGGAUGGGACGGCGGUCGCAGCAAUGGUUUUGUCAAUGGGUACCAUGACGGUCGUAUGAAUGGGACUGCUAACUUCAGCCAUGGACUUCCUCGUAAUGACAGAGGUGGACGUGGUGGCUUUCGUGGAAAUAGGAACGGUGGUUCUUUCAACCAGCCAAUGAAUAAUGCAGGUUAUGGCAGUUAUGAGAACAAAGAUGGAGGCUGGAACUCUGUGGUAAACCGAGAUGCCUACACUAGCUUUGGUGGGCGUUCAGACAGAGGGAAGUCUGCCUUCUUCAAUGAUAGAGGAGCUGGCUCAAGAGGAAGCAGGUAUGAGCGUGGAGGCUUUGGUGGAGGAACAGGAGGGAACAGUCGUUGGGUUGAAGAAUCCAGAGAUGAAGAGGACUGGUCAAAGCCACUGUCCCCCAAUGAGCGUCUGGAACAGGAGCUGUUCUCUGGAGGCAACACGGGGAUUAACUUUGAGAAGUAUGAUGACAUUCCUGUGGAGGCCACUGGAACAAACAGUCCUGGGCAUAUUGAGAGUUUCCAUGAUGUGGACAUGGGCGAGAUCAUUAUGAGCAACAUCAGUCUGACCCGCUACACACGGCCUACUCCUGUUCAAAAGUAUGCAAUCCCCAUCAUCAAGGCCAAGAGGGACCUUAUGGCCUGUGCUCAAACAGGCUCGGGGAAGACUGCAGCCUUCUUGCUUCCUGUGCUUAGUCAGAUCUACACUGAUGGACCUGGAGAGGCACUGCAGGCCACCAAAGCCAGCACCCAGCAGGAGAAUGGGAAGUACUUCCGUCGUAAGCAGUAUCCCAUCUCUCUGGUUCUGGCUCCAACCAGAGAACUUGCUCUUCAGAUUUAUGAUGAGGCCAGAAAGUUCUCUUACCGCUCCAGAGUGCGCCCGUGUGUGGUGUACGGAGGCGCAGAUAUAGGGCAGCAGAUCCGUGAUUUGGAAAGAGGCUGUCACCUGCUAGUGGCCACACCGGGUCGUCUGGUAGACAUGAUGGAGCGGGGCAAGAUUGGCCUGGACUACUGCAAAUACCUGGUGUUGGACGAGGCAGACAGAAUGCUGGAUAUGGGUUUUGAACCCCAGAUCAGACGUAUUGUGGAGCAGGACACCAUGCCUCCUAAAGGUGCUCGCCAGACCAUGAUGUUCAGUGCCACCUUCCCAAAAGAGAUCCAGAUUCUGGCUCGUGACUUUCUGGAGGAGUACAUCUUCCUGGCUGUGGGCCGUGUGGGCUCCACCUCAGAGAAUAUCACCCAGAAGGUGGUUUGGGUUGAAGAAAAUGACAAGCGCUCCUUCCUUCUUGACCUGCUCAAUGCAACAGGCAAAGACUCUCUCACACUGGUGUUUGUGGAGACUAAGAAGGGUGCUGAUGCUCUUGAGGACUUCCUCUACCGCGAAGGCUAUGCCUGCACCAGUAUCCAUGGUGACCGGUCUCAGCGCGAUCGUGAGGAGGCUCUCCACCAGUUCCGGUCUGGCCGCUGCCCUAUCAUGGUUGCCACCGCUGUGGCUGCACGUGGCCUUGACAUCUCCAACGUGAAACACGUGAUCAAUUUUGACUUGCCUAGUGACAUUGAGGAAUAUGUCCACCGCAUCGGUCGUACAGGCCGUGUAGGAAACCUUGGACUGGCCACAUCCUUCUUUAAUGAUAAGAACAGCAACAUCACUAAAGAUCUACUGGACAUCUUGGUGGAGGCCAAACAGGAAGUGCCUUCCUGGCUUGAGAACCUAGCCUAUGAGCACCAGCACAAGAGCACCAACCGUGGACGCCCCAAGAGAUUCUCUGGUGGCUUUGGGGCCAGGGAUUACCGCCAGAUGGCUGGGGGCAGCAACACUUUCGGCAAUCGUGGUGCUCGCAACACCGGUGGCCAUGGAGGAAACCGAGGUUUUGGAGGGAAUAAGGGUGGUUUUGGGAGCUUCGGUGGUGACAGCUACGGGGGCAACUAUGGAAACUAUGGAGGAAGCUACGCCCAGGUGGACUGGUGGGGCAACUAAAUAUAUGUCUGCUGAACUGAAACCACAUGUUAUCAUAGCCAGAUUCUACCCCCUGUGUAGCUUUAUGAACUCGGUACAUUACACGCUGUGAUUCUCUGCCCACAUUCUAAAGGGAGCUGAUCUGUGGCAAAACCGGAGGAGAAUAACAAGGAUGCCCACUUGUGUAUUUGAUCUAUUACAGCACCUACGUUUCUGACUUUUUCUUUGUUAAAAAAGAGGAUCAUUUUUGUAUGUAAAUGUACUGUGCCUUUUUGAAUAUAGACAGGAAUUUAGUUUUGUUAAUUUCAUCGAGUGAACUUGGCCAAGAGCUUAAUUUUGUUUUAGGUUUUUUUUUUUUUUUGCUGUAAAGGCAUUUGAAAGCUUGUACUUAAUCAAACCUUGGCAAAUACUGGGAUAACGUGACUCAGAUAGUCGCUGUUCCAUUUGAACUUCAAAUUAUCACUGAUGUCACAAGCCAACAAUACAAGCCACAAAGUAUGACACAUCACAGGCGCUUUGCAGAAGAACUCUGUGAAGCAUCUGUGUCGCAAGCGACAAAUCAGUCUGACUUCCUUUCGUUUUGCUCACUCUGUCCUGGAGAAGACACCUCUUUAGGGAUAUGGUUGUCUUGAAAAGGCCAUUCCAGUUGUGAUAUUUAUGACGAAAUAUUGGAAACACGCAGUGUUUGAAAAUUCCAAAUGCUGGAACUUACUGCACUUGUUUUAAUUGACUUGACAGUGUUAUGGCAGCUAGUAAGAACCACAUGCUAGCCACUCUUAAGUGGGCAGCAUUUUUUGUUAACUACUACUAUUCUUUCUCGAAACAACAUUUUAGAGAAGCAGAUGCCAUUUAUUGAAAAACUCCAAGGUUUUUUGAUAAAAUGUUUCUUUACAAAUGUCAGCAAAACAAAAAAUGCCUGCCAAUUCUAAAAGUGAAGUUCAAAUGGCUACAAACGGACCACAGAACCAAAGCGGCCGUGCCUUCGCUUCAUGACCGCUUUGGUCACAUACGCAUGCUAGUGUUUUGUUUUUUGGUCAAGGAGAGAAGACGAACGAAUUGAAGGCUUUCUUUAAAUACAAACGUCCUCUCUUUUCAAGCUGCGCAGCAGGCAUGGCUCCCUUUUUCAUAGGUAGAGGCAGCGCGAGAGUUCAUUUUGAGGUACUGGCGGAUCCCAACCGAGGGUUUGUUUUGCGUUGGGCCUGACGUGAGUGCACUUAGACAGGCCACCAUUUUAGCUUGUGUAUCCAGGAAUACGAAUGCUGUCAGCUCCUGAAAUUCAUCAGGUUAGAUGCGAACUUAAACCACUGGCUGAGGAGCCAGUUUUCUGCUUCCGACAGAAGCGGUCGGCUGGAGGAGAAAUAAGGCAUUUAUCGCAAGUGCAAUCGAUUUUCUUCUCAAGUGAGUUGUGCCUUGACUUUUUUUUUUUAAUGAUGAAUUCAAGCAGAUGCACUGACAGUAUUGAGAACUUCGAGUUGAAUGGUGCUACUUUAGUUAGUCUAGGCCCGUGUACGUUGUGCCCAUCGAGUUUUACAAAGUUCUUUUAUUGCACAUUUCAAGUUUUAUAUAUACAGUGCGUGUCUUGAGUGCAUGUCCUCACGCUUCCAAAUAUUGUGUCGGGAGACCGGAGAUAUGCAGCUCGUUUACAAAAGGGGAAGGGUUCUCACUAUUUACCAGGAUUUAUUUGGGACCAGGGCGAUCAGCAGUGGGGAAUUUAGCUAUUUGCACACAGAUUUCUAGAUUCUACUUUUGCUGCUAGUUUUGUGUAAUUUAUUAAGCAUUUUUUGAGAAAUAUUUAUUUUUAUAAGCCUCAAAGUGAUUCUUUGAAAGUUUCAAGUAACUUGACCAAAAGACAAUACCUGAACACUGGCACUUGAAUGUUGAAUGUCACCUGUAUGCGUGGAAAAUUUCUGUAUUUCGGGGUAGCGUGAGCUUUUUAAUGUUUCAGACGUAAUGGACUCGGUCAGUUUCCACAGCUGUUAAAGGCCUAACGGCAACACGUCGCUAUGGAAUUACCAAUUGGCUCUCAAAAUUGGAAACGGGGGAGGGGCGGUGGGGGAGGGUGCUGGAAAAUGCCAAGGUUUGGAUUCAAAAGCAUUAAAAAAAAGUUGAACUAAACUAACAAAACUGAAGUAUCAGUGCAAAAACUGUCCAGAUUCUCCAAAUGUGUGCUUUUUUUCUGUCCUACAGAUUGGCAUUGGUUCUGUUGAAGUUUUGUUUCUGUCAAUGUCUGGCACAUGACAACCUUGUGGUUGAUUUCUAUUGUAUUUACAUAUACAGCGACUCUGGUAUUAGUCCGCUCAGGAGAAGCUGCAAGUAUCCAUGCUAGCAAUAAGUCUUAAAGUGUGUUGGAAAUACUAAAAUCACAUCCCCUGCCCUCCAUUCAGAUGGAAAUAGGAGAAUAGUUGGCUCCCAGAGAGGACACCAGAGCUCCUUAGAUUUAGGAUUUGCUUUAUGUCGUAGCUUCUAGGCUCUGCACUGCAUGAGAUGACUCGGCUGUGCAUUUAUUGUAUGAUUUUACCAAAAUAAAAAGUUUGAUGCAAAUUCCUUAGAAUCAAGCAUGGUUUCUAAAGUGUUUGAUGUAGCAGAACUUUGGUCAAACGUUUGUAACGGCAGAUCUCACUGUGAUCUAAAAUCGAAAUGUUUAAUUUACAAAAUAGAAACUCAUUCUUUA